CCCAGCUCCGCAUCCUUCUUCGACUAAGCUCGCUCCGAAUCGCAAAAGAAACUGUUCCUCUCCUUCUCUGGCGCCCUCCCCCCCCUCCUUUUCGAGCCGUUCCUGCCAUCCCCUGUCCUUAAAAAUCAAUAAGUAAGGAAAGGACGUCCGUUCUGCUGCAGCGUACAAGGUCUUCUGGUCAAUUUCCCGGUCAGUUUCCUGCACCGGAGAAACGAAGCUUUAAAGGAAAAAGUUUUCUCCUUCCUGCUUCACCUACCUGGCGACGAAGGAGAAGAAAAAGACCGAGGAAGAUAGCCAAGAUCUUCCGGUAGGAAGCGGGGAGAUCUGGAUCCUUCCCCGCCCUCCCCUUCUUCUUUUAAAGAAAGCUCUGAAUGUUUCUGGCCGAACACACCUUUUUAAAAUGAAGAGAUGACGGAUCCCUCCCCCCUGCACCCUUUCACUGUAGACGGGCUAUGAAGGCUGACAAGCUGCUUUGGACCAGAAGAACCCUCGGCCCAGGAGAAUUUGGAGAAGACUGGCAGAGAGGGCUAGACGCUGUCAGUUUGGGACCAGAUGCUCUAGCCGCCGAGGAGAGGUCCGGUUGAUCUCGAGGCCGGAGGGACCCUGGCCAUGGGGACUGGGCUGUGCACCAGGAGGCAGAAGGGUCUUCUGCAAACUGGGUUUUGCCUGGUGGCCCUCGCCUGCUUGGCCUCCGGAGUGUUUCUGUACAACCACCUACAGGAGAAGGUGAAGGCGGAGGAGGCUUUGGCGUUGAAAUACAAGCAGCAACAAGAGGCACUUUCCGCUCAGCUGCAGGUUGUUUAUGAACACAGAUCCCGGCUAGAACGAUCCUUACAGAAGGAGCGAGGGGAACAUAAAAAGACGAAAGAAGAUUUUUUGGUAUACAAACUAGAAGCUCAGGAGGCCCUUAACAAAGAAAAGCAAGAUUCCAUGAACAGAUACGGCGCUCUGAGCUCCCAGCAUAAGAUACUGAAGAACCAGCACGAAGAUGUUAAGAAGCAGCUUCUGGAUCUGCAGCUGCAACACAACGGGUUGAAACUGGAGCAUCGGAAGGCGCUGGAGACCCACAGCCAGAAAUACGCGCAGCUGCAACGGGAGAAAGAAAUGGAAGUUGCCGCUUUGCAGGAUACGGUCUACAAGCUGCGGGAAGAGAGCAAACUGCUUCGAAAGGCUCACCAGGAUGUUCAUUCCCAACUUCUCAGUGCGCAGGCCCAAAUGGACGAAUUCAGACAGCUCAAAGAGACGCUGCAAAAGAUGCCAAGUUUCAAGGAGGCAGGUGCGGCCAACGGCCAGCAGCAACCGAUCCUGAAAGAACGGCCCCCCGGGGCCCCCCAGGGACUGCUGCAGCCUGCUCGAGAGAAGGCCUCCGCAGGCAAUGAAGGAAAACCGCCCCCGAUGCCCCUGGAACAGGCUGCAGCUGCCCGGGAGACCUCACUUGUCGCUCAGGCGCCAGAUACCAAACGCCUGGAAGACGAGAACCAUCCCCGAGGCCAGGUUUCUUGGAACAAUGAUAGACCCGGGCCACACGACAAUGUGCCGCUUGGCCAGCUGGCGCCCCCGCAUGAAGCUCGCCUGCCUCCGGUCGUUUGGCCUCUGCCGGGGCAAAAGGACGGCCACAUCAUCCGUUUCACGAGGAUGGUGAACAGUGUGCAGAGCGGGAGCCAG